AUGACUGGGACCCAGUACAUCUGGAUCUUGAACGGAAUUUCCCUCAUGCUGGUGUCUGGAGCUCUGGCAGGUUAUCUUCUCCAGAAUGUGGCACUGAACCAAAUAGCCAUCCAGUCCUCACAAAACGGCUCCUUGGGCGCUGCUAGCAAUGCAGUGGAUGGGGAUAGAAACCCGAGUUUGCAAAACGGCUCUUGCACACUCACCGACGAAGAAUCAGAUCCCUGGUGGAGAGUGGACCUGCAGGACGUGUACAGUAUCACCGCUGUGAUGAUCACCAACAGAGAUGAAUACGAAAACAAUGUGAACGGAUCGGAAAUCUGGAUUUCAAAGUCAGCGGACGCCAACGACACCAGAGGCGUUAGGUGUGCGGUGAUAUCCAGCAUCCCGAGAGGGCGCACACUCUACUUUUCUUGUAGGGCCACAGAGGGACGCUACGUCACCGUGUUUCUUCCAGGAAAUGAAAAGAUACUGAGUCUUUGCGAAGUUGAAGUGUACUUUGCAAACUACACACACCCUUUAUCCAACGUGGCUCUCAAAGGUGAUGCCACCCAGUCGUCAACGCUGUCAUUCGCUGCUGCCUUCAAAGCCAUUGAUGGCAGACGGAACUCGUACUAUAGCAAUGGGUUCUGUAGCCACACCAUUGAAGGUGAGACUGAUCCCUGGUGGAGGGUGGACCUGCAACAGACAUUUGUCAUCAGGUCAGUAAAAAUCACAAACAGAGGAGACUGCUGUGCCGAAAGACUGGAUGGAGCCGAGAUCCGAAUAGGGAACUCGCUUACCAACAAUGGAAACACCAACCCAAGAUGUGCUACAAUCUCCCACAUCAGAGCGGGUAAAACCUACACAUUCCAGUGUGAUGGAGGCAGCAUCGAGGGUCGCUAUGUGAACGUGAUCAUUCCCGGACAGAAUAAGACGCUCACCCUGUGCGAAGUGGAAGUUUAUGGUACCCCAGCAGGUAUACAGAUCAAGCUUGACUCUCGCAAAACAACAACAUCCCGAUACUGAUUCACAGCUGUUCGUUCUUUUUGUCCCUUUCAGUGUACAUCCUUAAAAACAUGGCCUUAUACAGACACAAAGCGCAGUCAUCGUACUGUUCU